GGCGUCCGCAUCCGGGUCCAGAGCUGUCCUCCGGGGCCGCGAUGUCGGGGACGCAGUGACUCGGAGGGAACCGAUCGCGGCGGCCGGACCUGUUGCCAUGUCCCACCAGUCUUGGAGCUACCUGAGUGAGAAAGGGGACAGUCCCAGUGAAACCCCAGGAAAUGGACCCCCUAGCCUGGCUCACCCCAGCCUGGAGACCUUCACCCCAGAGGAGUUGCUACAGCAGAUGAAAGAGCUCCUGGCUGAGAACCAUCAGCUCAAAGAAGCCAUGAAGCUAAACAAUCAGGCUAUGAAAGGGAGAUUUGAGGAGCUUUCAGCCUGGACAGAGAAACAGAAGGAGGAGCGUCAACUGUUUGAGAUACAGUACAAAGAAGUGAAAGAACGCUUGAUGGCCAUGAGUCAUGAAAAUGAGAAAUUGAAGGAAGAACUUGGAAAGCUGAAGGGGAAACCGGAGAGGCCAUUUGAGGACCCCUCCACUGACUUCAUACUUCCCAAGGCGGAAGUAGAGCAGGAAGUGCAGCAGCUGAAGACCCAAGUAGCCCGCCUUCAGGCUGAGAAAGCUGACCUGUUGGGCAUCGUCUCAGAAUUACAGCUUAAGCUCAACUCCAGCACCUCUUCAGAAGAUUCCUUCGUUGAAAUUAGAGUGACUGAAGAAGCAGCAGAUGGGACAAUAAAAGAAAUGAAGAACAGUUCUGGGCCCACUAGAACGGACUCCAUUGAUAUGAACAAAUCUGUCGAAGGUGCCAGAAACUAUGCAGAAUUUGAGGAAUUAACUGUGAGCCAGCUCCUGCUUUGCCUAAGGGAAGGAAACCAGAAAGUAGAAAGACUUGAAAUCGCACUCAAAGAAGCCAAAGAAAGAAUUUCAGAAUUUGAAAAGAAAGCAGAUAAUCAUUCAGAGACUGAGACGCAGACGGAGGGAAGCACAGAAAAAGAGAAUGAAGAGGAGACAGGCACAGAGACUAUUGGCAGCGAAGUACAAGCACUGAAUCUUCAGUUGACAUCCCUGUUUAAGGAGCUUCAAGAAGCUCAUAUAAAACUCAGUGAAGCUGAGCUCAUGAAGAAGAGGCUUCAAGAAAAGUGUCAGGCCCUUGAAAGGAAAUAUUCAGCAACCCCACUGGAGCUGAAUGAAAAGCAAGAGCUUGUUUAUAACAACAAGAAGUUAGAACUCCAAGUGGAAAGCAUGCGUUCAGAAAUAAAAAUGGAACAAGCUAGGACAGAAGAUGAAAAGUCCAAAUUAGCUACUCUGCAAUCAACAUAUGGCCAACUUCUCCAAGACUAUGAUAAUGCAUUGAUAGUAAUUGAGCAACUAACAAAAAGCGAGUCAGAGAAAGUGGACAAGGUGUUGCUGCAGGAAUUAAAUGAGAAACUAGAUCUGGCUGAAAGGGCACUGGCUUCCAAGCAACUUCAGAUGGAUGAGAUGAAGCAGAUCAUUGCCAAACAGGAGGAGGACCUGGAAACCAUGGCUGUCCUCCGGGCUCAGAUGGAGGUGUACUGCUCAGACUUCCAUGCUGAAAGAGCAGCAAGAGAAAAGAUCCAUGAAGAGAAAGAACAACUGGCAUUACAGCUGGCAUUUGUGCUGAAAGAGAAUAAUGCUUUUGAGGAUGGAAGCAGUAGGCAGUCCUUGAUGGAAAUGCAGAGCCGGCAUGGAGCAAGAACAAAUGACCCCGACCAGCAGGUCUACCUUGUACAAAGAGGGGCUGAGGAGAGGAAUUGGCGGCAACCACAGCCACAGAGCAUUCCAAUUCAUUCUUGCCCCAAAUGUGGUGAAGUCCUGCCUGACAUAGACACGCUACAGAUUCAUGUCAUGGAUUGCAUCAUUUAAAGGUUGCCAUUCUCUCUUACCCACCCCGUCCCCCCUCCCCCCCUCAGACUGCUGGUAACAUCAGGUUUUCUCCUCCAGGACUUGUACUUCUGCUCCUUUGUGUGUUCUCAAAUAUUUUUGCCUUGUGCUGCUUCUUUUAGGAGAAAAAAAUGUAUCUAUUCUAAAUAGAACACUGUGGAUUCCCAUAAAUUCAGAAAAUGGAAUCCUCAUCACAGCCUUCCGACAAUAAAGUUGGUGUUUGCUAUG